AUGACCGAAGAAGUGGCGGACAAUGAGUGUCCCUCGUUGCAUGCUUGGCAGCGGACCAGGGACUUCCGCCACAGCUGUAAAGCUGGCGAGCACAACCCAGAGAACGAGUCCAAGAACCUCACCUGGAGGAAAAUGGGAGGCAGACGUGGACCGAACGCAUCCGAGUAUGGCGAAGGGCGCGCACUAGCAGAUGAAGACGCGGCAGUUGAUGGGAUGGAAGAGAGCCCAAUGCUCUUCGAAGCAGCCUCGCUAUGCACGCGGGAGGAGGUGCUGGUUGAAAACCAUAGGGAAAAAGGCAAAGGCAACAAGGGCCAGGUGGCCCAAGUGGCCGACGACGCGUUCUACAGCCGGGACGGGAAAGAAGUUGAGGAAGAAGCGUCGCUUGCCACGGUGCUGAACCUCACAGAGAGGGCCACUGGCUGGACUCUGUCAGUUCCCGUGGCGCACAAAGGGCACAGACACGCGGCUUACGCCGCAGGGCUUGUGGAGCAGUUCGUGGACCGCCUGGGGUACGACAAGUUCACCCUGCAGGCCGACCAAGAGAACGCUAUAGCCUCUGUGGCCCGUGCGGUCCACCGCCGGCACGUCGCCUGGCUGCAGGCCCGUUUCGGGACCAAGUCAACGGACGGGGUGACACCAUAUCGGGCAGCCACUGGCACCGACUAUGGUGGAGCGCUUUGCUCUUUUGGGGAAACCGUGCUAGCCAAGCUCCCAAGGCCCGGGAACAAAGCGCAAGUGCGCUGGGUCAAAGGGGUCUGGACUGGCAAGCUGGAGCGCGACGACUCCCACGUGGUGCUGACCGAAGCAGGCGCACUCAACGUGAGGAGCGUCAGGCGACUCUCGCCGGAAACCCGGCACCAGACGGCAGCCGCUCUCAAAGCGUGCGGCCUGCCUUGGAACCCCAGAUUUGGCCGCGCAGCGCCAGCAGAGCGCAGCGAGCCGAUGAUGGUGCCAAUCCCUCUGGCCACGCCGGCCGAGGAAGUGGAGCGGCUAGAACCGCCCGGUGCCAGCAGGCUCCCGGACGCCAGCCCUACCGAGGAGCUGGCCAACGCAGACGUGCCCGACUACGAGCCGUCAGACGUGGAGGCAGCACCUUCCGCAGCAAGCGCGCUGCCGCAACAAGCGGCAAGCCCCGCCCCAGCCGCCAACGACGGCUCAGGCGAAGGGGGGCAGAAGCGCGACUCUGCGGGUUCCUCCGCGAGCGCAGCGGCAGCACAGCAGCCGCCUGCAGCAAAGAGCCGGGUGGAGCCCAAGAAGGCACCACGGCUAGGAGCGCUCACUGAGCGCGAGGUGUGGCAGCACAUCGCUGCCUUAGCCGACCCGCCGCUCACCAACCACCAAAGCGGGACGCGUGGGUCGGGCAGGUGA